GCUGUGGCCGGCUGGUGGGUUCGCUGCGACCUGUAGUUGAUUGCCACACAUCCUCUCGUUUUGUACUCCCCAUCAAAUACACACACACACACACGCACACACGAAAGGCGUCUAUUAAAGAACAGGGAGCAAGCAGCUCUCUUCCGCCUCCCUUUUUUUAGAAGACACACGAACGGUAAGAGAGAGGGAGAAAGAGAGGGGGAGUGUAUGUGUGUGGAGGUGCACGAUUGAUUAAUUCUAGUAGUACAACUACAUAUAUAUAUAUAUAUAUAUAUAUAUAUUGCUAAAUAGCAGUUUGAAAGUACGCGCUGGAAACUCUUUCAACUCGCUGCUUCCCCGCUCGUCUCUCUCAUUUUUGUGUUGUUGUUCCGCCAAGGUGACCGCUGCGUGUGGCUGCUGUUGCGCGCCAAAUUUUCUCUGCUUCGUACAGCUGCCUUCUCUCGCUAUCUCCCUCUUCCUAUAUAUAUACAUUAGGUUCGUUCUUUGCUGGCUCUACGCGACAAGGAGAACGCGUAAGGCGGUACGCUCUACGCCCCCUCCCCCCCUUCCUUGUUCUUUCCUUUGAAAAACAUCGAGCCGCCCGUGGCCGUCGCUCACGCUGCCUUCAGUCUGUUUUCGCGCACUGCCCGUGUGCCGUCUUUGUAGUUCUUAUUUCUUCUGUUAUCGGUAAGGAGAGGGAUUGCCGACGCAUCCGACUUACCCCGCCUUAACGCUUAUCCCUUUUUGGGUUUUCCGUUUGUUGAUCUCUUCCUCCCUCCCUCUCCCUUGCACCGUCUAUCGCGCAGCACAGACGAAGCAGCCGAGCUACGUUCCCUCCUGCUUCUCCAUCCCCCCCCCCCCUCUCUCUCUCUCCCAGGAGAACUAACAGCACAGCGAGGCGCACAACACACACACACACACCCACGCACUCCUACGCUAUUAGGAUGAGCAACGCAAAUCAAGCCGGUACGGCGAACACGCUCGUCACGAACGUGCCGGAGGCGGACUGGGCAACGAUUGAUUGGGUCAGCUCGCAAACCGAGGCGGCGGAGCGGGCGGCACUGUGGCGUCGACAGAGCGUACCUGCCGGCUACAAGGAGUCGUGGUCCGGGUACCGCCCCCACGGUGAGGGCCCGCUGGCGGCGCUGGCCUGCGGUCUCGUACUCGGCUGCAUCGGCGUGUUCAGCGACGCCUGCGCGCACUGGGUCAGCGCCUUCCGCUCAGGGAUCUGCGCGCACUUCUUCUGGCUCGGCCGCAGUCUGUGCUGCGUGGAGCGGUCGAGCUGUGCGGAGUACUACACCUGGGGAGAGUUCUUCCUCGGCCGCGACAACAUGGUCGUGCCCUUUGUGAACUUCGUCAUGUACAUCACCUUGUCCACCGUGGCCGCCGUCACGGCCUCGUACCUGUGCAAGACAUACGCCCCGUACGCCUCGGGCGGCGGCAUUGGCGAGGUGAAGACGAUCGUGUCGGGCCACCACGUCAAGCGCUACCUCGGUGGCUGGACGCUCAUCACGAAGGUGUUCGGCAUGUGCUUCUCCACCGGGUCCGGACUGACGGUGGGCAAAGAGGGCCCCUUCGUGCAUAUCGGCGCCUGCGUCGGUGGCAUCAUGGCGAGUGCGUUCCCGAGCUAUCAGCAGGAGGCGAAGAAGCGGGAGUUGAUCACCGCCGGUGCGGGCGGUGGGAUGGCGGUUGCCUUCGGCGCCCCGGUCGGUGGCGUUAUCUUCGCCUUGGAGGAGGUCUCCACGACGUACAACUUCAAGGCCCUCAUGGCCGCGCUGAUCGCCGGCGUGACGGCCGUGCUGCUGCAAUCCCGCGUGGAUCUGUGGCACACGGGCCGCAUUGUCCAGUUCAGCGUGAAUUACCAGCACAACUGGCACGUCUUUGAGCUGCCGAUGUUCGCCGUCGUCGGCUGCUUUGGCGGUUUCAUGGGCUCGCUCUUCAGCGACGCCAACAUCCGCACCAUCCGCUGGCGCAAGCGGCACGUGAAGCAGUGGCGGGUCGUGGAGGUGGCGGGCGUGGCGGCCAUCACGGCUGUCGUGAACUUCAUGACGCCGUACGGGUCGGGCAGCAUGCUGGAGCUUCUGGGCGACUGCUUCCAGGACUGCACACCGAGCAGCACGCUGGAGAUGUGCGAGCACGGGGACGUGCGCACCUUCUUCUCACUGCUCAUCACGGCCACGGCGAAGUUUUGUUUGUUCAUCUACACCGUCGGCACCUUCCUGCCCGCCGGCAUCCUCGUGCCGUCGCUGGCGAUCGGUGCGCUGUACGGCCGCGCCUUCGGCAUCAUGUUCCGCGCCAUCCAGGAGACCUACCCCAGCUCGUACGUUUUCGCGGAGUGCUCCGACCAGGACCUGUGCGUGAUCCCCGGCGUGUACGCGAUUGUCGGCGCCGCCGCGAUGCUGACGGGCGUCACGCGCAUGACGAUCUGUCUUGCCAUCAUCAUGUUCGAGCUGACGGGCUCGCUGGAGUACAUGGUGCCGGUGAUCAUAGGCAUUUUGUGCGCCAAAGGCGCCGGGGAGGCGGUCGGUGUGGAGGGCUCCUACGAGAUCGGCAUCGAGGAGAACAAGCUGCCGUACCUCGACCCCAAGAAGGAGUUCUACCUUGAUUUCACGGCUGAGGACGUCUACGCCAACAAGAAGUUCACCGUGCUGACCGCCUACGGCUUACAGGUGCGCGACAUUAAUGAGCUGGUCACCAAGAUGAACGUCACCGGCUUCCCAGUGGUGGAGUCGGCGGAAGACAUGACGCUGCUGGGGUACGCGCCCACGAAGAAGAUCGUGCGGGCCAUCCAGGUGGCCGCCGCCCGCAACAGCAACGUGAACUCGGACACCUUCCUCCGCUUCAAGGAGGACCCGUCCUUGUCGGACGACGCCUCCUUCUUGGAGUUGAACCUCACCACCAUCUUAGAGAGCUGCCUGCUGCAGGUGGAGCCGACGUGCUCGAUGAAGAAGCUGCUGUACCUCUUCAAGUCUCUCGGCACCCACCACAUCGUCGUGUGCCGCUACGCCAAGUUUGAGGGCUUCGUGAGCAAGAAGGACUUCAUUAAUUUUAUGCGCGCGAAGGAGCGCGAGGAGCACAUGGAGGACGAUGAGUUGGAGCGGGAGCGGCGGGAGCAGGCCCGGCAGCAUCGUCAGCACGCCAGUGCCGCGGUGACAUCGCCAGCCAGCCGUCCUGUGGGGUGA